GGAGAGCAAGGGUAGCAGCGAGGGCCGCGCUAGCAAUAGUUUAAGCGAGUCGGUGCUGAUGGAAUUCAAAGGAAAAUUUGGCAAGGACAAGGACGGAAAGGGAAAAGGAAAGGAUUUUGACAUGUUAAAGCAGUUGAUCUUCAUGAAAGGGAAGCAAAAAGGUAAGGAUAAGGAAGGAAAAGGAAAAGGAAUGUUGAACAAAGGAGAACAAGAUCAUGUAGAAGCCCAAGCCGAGCGUGAGCCUCCUGAGCCCCAGAAUAAGGAACAACACGCCGCACCGGAAAGUCCUGCGUCCGGCGGAGGUACUAAAGGCGGGAAGCAGAAGGGAAAAUUUGGGAAUAAAGGCAAAGAUGGAAACGAAGACUGGUCUGACAGUGAGGAGAGCCAAAGCGGCAAAGGCAAAGGCUUUGUGAAAGGAGGCAGAAAUAAAGAUCCUUUCGCCGGUAAGGGAGAAGUUCAUGUGCCCGCCCACGGGAUGAAAGGGCCACCAGACCAUCCCGAACUAGAAGCACAGGGCAAUAAAGGCGCGUCGUCUUCUUCUGCAUCCUCUUCCAGCGGCGGCCUACCUGCUCCGCUGUCCAGCGAGGACGGAGAUGUUGAAGAGGAGAAAAGCGAGCGUUUGCUUCCCCGCGAGAGCAGUGGUGACGAAAAGCAACCUGCGCCGAAAGCCAAAAAGAAGAAAAAAGAGAAAAAGAAAAAGCGAGGUAACGGACGUGAUCGUGAACCCGGGGGCGAAAAGAGGAAGGAUAUUCAUGACGAGGAACCAUCUUCAAAGCGCAGAAAACACGACCAUCAACAACAUGGCGAAAAAGAGAAUUAUUACAACAACAAUAAAGGGAGCGGUAAAUUUGUACACCACGAUCAAUACGGAGACCACUACAACAGCAUCAGUAAUAAAGGGACCACCAACGGAAAUAAAGGUUACAACCCGGCAGGAACUUCUUCUACAAAUAAGGGCAAAGGAAAAAAUUCCUCUCUUGCGGCCAUUCCCUGGACCUACACCUGGC